AUGUUCAAACCACUGGAUAACCCCAACAAAAUCAACCACGACAAACCCAUCAAGGAUGUCUACGACUUCAUCAUCGUCGGCGGCGGCACGGCGGGCGCCGUGCUUGCCGCCCGUCUGUCGGAGGACCGGCGGAACUCCGUGCUACUGCUGGAGGCUGGCGACGUGGGCACGGCCUACACUGAGUGGCCCAUGUUCACCAACCUGGUGUACGGCUCCAGUCGCUACGACUGGCGCUUCGUCAACGUCAAGGACGACGGGUACUGUGUCGGACUUCGCGAGGAGACCUGUAAGCUCUCGCGUGGGAAGAUGCUUGGCGGCAUGUCAGCCUUCGGUCGUCUGAUGUACGUGCGAGGCAACAAGAACGAUUUUGACCUCUGGGAGCAGCGGGGCAACGCAGGCUGGGGGUACAGGCACGUGCUGCCCUACUUCAUCCGCUCCGAGGACAACCAGGACCCCCAUCUGCGGAGGAGCCCGUACCACGGCGUGGGAGGCAGCCUGAAGGUAUCGAACCCACGACACGUGACCAGCUUAGCUCCGAUCUUCCUGAAGUCGGCUGCCGAUGUCGGCUUCCACAUCGGGGACAUCAACGGCGAGAGCCAGUCUCGGUUCAUGCUGCACCAGACAACGACCCUGAACGCCGAGCGGUGGUCGACGGCGCGUGGCUUCCUACGCCCAGCCUCUCACCGAGACAACCUCAACAUCGUGGUCAGGGCGCACGUGACGCGCGUCAUCAUCGACCCGCGGACGCGCCGCGCCAAGGGCGUGGAGUUCUUCAAGCACAAGAAGCGGCGCGUGGCGUGGGCACGCAAGGAGGUGGUCGUCAGCGCCGGGGCCUUCCAGUCGCCGCAUCUGCUGAAGCUGUCCGGGGUCGGACCGUGUAACGAGCUGAAGAAGUUUGGGAUCCGCUGUUUGCACGACCUGCCUGGGGUCGGUGAGAACAUGCAGAGCCACUUCGGUCUCGGUGGAGUUGACUUUGUCCUGGACAAGGGCGCCGCCGAAGACGUGAAGGACCUCUUAAGCUGGAAGAGGCUGCUGACAUCUAACAUGGCUCUGGAGGCGACUGGGUUCGUCAGCUCCCGCAUCAACAACGACAGCUACCACAUGGACUGGCCGGACCUGCAGUUACUCUUCCUGCCGGAGCAGCUGGCCACCGAUGGCGGCAAGUUUGACCGUAAUCGAAUCGGCAUCUCCAAGAAGCUGUGGAAGCGCUUCGCGCCGUACAAGGACAAGCCGGGCUACAGAAUCGUGCCUGUCAACCUGCGUCCUCGCAGCAGGGGCCGCGUCCUCCUCCGCUCCGGCAACCCCUUCCAGCACCCGGACAUCUUCCUCAACCUCUUCGACGACCCGCACGAUCUGGCGGUGCUGCGCGAGGGCGGCCGCCUGGCGGAGAGGAUCGGACUGGCACCGCCGUUUCUCCGCCUCGGCGCGCGGCUCAACAACGAGAAGAACCCGUUCUGCUAUCGACACCCGGCCGGCGGACCCGACUGGUGGGACUGUCGCUCGCGGGUCUUCCCCGAGAGCAUGCUGCAGGAGACGAGCACGUGCGCCAUGGGGCCUCCCGACGACCACUACGCCGUGGUGGACAAUCAGCUGAGGGUGUACGGCGUGAGCGGUCUGCGGGUGGUCGACGCUUCCGUCAUGCCGACCAUCACGUCCGGGGACGCCAUCGCCGCCACUAUCAUGAUCGCAGAGCGAGCCGCGGACUUCAUCAAGGCUUACUGGUACGCGGUGCACAAGGGCGUGGAUCCGGCACAUUACGUGAGCCACCACCUGCUCCAGCCUCAUUACGUCCACGGGGACGGACAUGGCAAGCACGUGGAAUACGUGGAACGCACAGAUCACGUGGAGCACAAGAAGCCCGAGGAGCGCAUAAAGCUUGACGAGCACGUGGAGCCUGAGGAGUCCAAGCAGCAGGAGGAGCUCGAGGAACAGGAGUCCGAGGAGCAGGAGGACCAGGAAGAGCACGCGGCUGCGACUGGUCCUGCCGAAGUGGAAGAGAAUGAUGUCGUUGAUGGUGACGACCCUCCGCAUGCCGUUGAGGUCGCCGCGGAGAACGAAGCGGAGAAAACAGCUGAGACCAAUGCGCUAACUGAGGAGGCUGAACGGGGUGAGGAGGAUGAUGAGGAUGAGUUGGGAAAGAUGACGGGGACCGAUUAUGAGGACGCAAAAGAAGUGGAUGGCCAUGGCCAGAAGAACUAA